UAAUACCCCAGAACCUCCCCCCCGCGCCCAAAGCAUCAUAAUUGAGCAACUCUUAUCUAUAUGUGUAUGUAUAGGAUACAGAGAUAAAGGCAUGCAUCGAAUGACACUUUUGUGCCUGAUGGAACUGUGGCCAAAACGUUUGCCAGUCUUGCAAAAGAAUUACUUUCAGCGACAGGAGUUCUCAUUCACACUGCAUGAUGAUAUUUAUGUCCAGUAUCAGUCUUUCAGCACCCCACAGGAACUGGAGAAAGAGAUCCAGAAAAUAUGUCUUUACAAAAUUGACAUUGGGGCUGUAUAUUCACACAGGGCACAAACCAAGAACCUUGAAGCGGUUGGCAAGGUCAUACUCACUGAAGCACCUAGAAAUGCCUGUUAAAAUAUAGACCCUUCAUCCCAAUGGCUGAACCAGUGCAUAGCUAUUCCCAGAUUCAGAUCACCAGCAAAACCCAUCACAUUGCCCCUGUACUGAGACUGUAAAGGACUUACAUUUGUCAAAAUAUAUCUGGCCAUAGCUUUCUUUGGUUUCUUGUGGAACACUGGUCCAAAUCUGAUCCAAAUUGUUGAGGCGCAUUUGGAUGUUAGUCAUGCCUGUUCUGAAGUAGCCUGGUUCUACUAUGGAUA